AUGUUCUUCCAGGUGAUAUCCCAUUUCUUGAAUAUUUUCGUAGUGUGUAAAAUUGCAGAUUUUCCUGCUCUUUGCUCUCUUCUCCUGCGUCGUCAUGAAGGAGCAAUGCAAUUCGAAUCAUGAUUGUGGUUUCUACCUGACUUGUUCCCGUGGAAAGUGUUUGCCAAUCUUUGGGCUUUGAAAUUCGUUUCUGCUCCUUGAAUAAAAAUAUUCAUUCAGAAAGUCGCAAAAUCAAAGUGAUACAGAUUGAAAAAUGCAGAAAUAGGACUUUCCAUUCCAUUCACAACUUUGAAUCAUCGAAAAUUUCGGAAGACAACAGUCCCAUGAUCUUUUUCUUCGUUCUCAAACUUCAAUUUAAAAAAACUGUAUAAAAAAGUCCCGAACGCUCCCAUUCAUACAGAUUCGCUGAUGCUCUCCAAGGUUGUUUUUUUCUGGAUUUUUCUCAAUAAUCUAGUAAUUUGCAGUUAUUCUUGCUUCUUUUUCUUAUUAUAUGCGCCUUCGUGAAGCAAGGCGAGCCAUGCAAAAGGAGUCGAGAAUGCGCCUAUCCUCAGCUUUGUGUCGAGGGUAAAUGUGCGCAUAUUACAGGCUGAUUUGUUACUGACUGUUAAAUAAACGUUUCAUUGAAAUGGAUGCAAACUAGUGUUACAAAGAAAAAAAUAUGGGAACCGUGAAAAUUAACCAUUGUAUAAUGAGGAUUGAAAGAAUCGAAAGUUUUUAGCUUUGUAAACCGAGCUAACAUGAAGAAGGAGGCUUCGUUUUUGAAAUUUCUAAAUAGCCAUUCCUUUACAAAAACUCUUGAGAAAUUCGAGUCGACUGGAAAAAUCAGCUCCGAACCUGUUUCGUGGCACAUUUCUGGCUAAAUGGCUUGGCCGCCAUGAGGUGCCUUCCCAAGCCUUUGGUAUAAACAAACGAGCUUUGAAAAAGAUCUAAAAUUUUCCUAGACAGUCUCCCAUCCUUUUCAACGCUCCCAUGAUCUUUUCGUCCUCGUUCUCAAUCCCCGAUUAAAAAAACUGAAUAAAAGGCAUUGAAAAAAACAAAAAAAGCACUUCAACCACCGCGAUGCUCAACAAGGUACAACUUUUGUCAAUUUAUUCAAAUCAAAACUAUAUUGCAGAUUUUCCUGGUUCUCGUCCUCGUCCCCUGUGUGAUGACCAUGCGUGAGUUGUUAAAACAAUCUGUGUGUAAUUAAUACUGCUUUUUCAGUUUCCCGUUGCACAAAACAGAGUGAUUGUCACUACAGCAUUUGUCUAUUCAGACAUUGUUUGUUACAUACGUAA